UUGGUCCGGCGGGGAGGGUGGGGGAAAGCUGACGGGAGGACAUGCAGGCUCGCUACUCCGUGUCCAGUCCCAACUCCCUAGGAGUGGUGCCGUACCUCGGCGGAGAGCAGAGCUACUACCGUGCCGCUGCGGCGGCGGCCGGCGGGGGCUACACGGCCAUGCCGGCCCCGAUGAGCAUGUACUCCCACCCGGCCCACGAGCAGUACCCGGCCGGCAUGGCCCGAGCCUACGGGCCCUACACGCCACCGCCGCAGCCCAAGGAUAUGGUGAAGCCGCCCUACAGCUACAUCGCCCUCAUCACCAUGGCCAUCCAGAACGCUCCCGAUAAGAAGAUCACCUUGAACGGGAUCUACCAGUUCAUCAUGGAGCGGUUCCCUUUCUACCGGGACAACAAGCAGGGCUGGCAGAACAGCAUCCGCCACAACCUCUCCCUCAACGAGUGCUUCGUCAAGGUGCCCCGCGACGACAAGAAGCCCGGCAAGGGCAGCUACUGGACCCUCGACCCCGACUCCUACAACAUGUUCGAGAACGGCAGCUUCCUCCGCCGCCGCCGCCGCUUCAAAAAGAAGGACGCCGUCAAGGACAAGGAGGAGAAGGACCGCCUGCACCUCAAGGACCAUGCCCCGCCGCGCCCGCCGCCGCCCGCCGCCGCCGCCGAGCCCGAGGGCGGCCCCGCCGGGGGCAGCGCCGCGCCGCCGCCGCCGCCCGUCCGCAUCCAGGACAUCAAGACGGAGAACGGCACGGCCUCGCCGCCGCAGGCCGUGUCCCCCCGGGCCGCGCCGCCGCUCGGCGCCGUGCCCAAGAUCGAGAGCCCCGACAGCAGCAGCAGCCUCUCCAGCGGCGGCAGCCCCCGCAGCACUCCCUCCAGCCGCUCCCUCAGCCUGGAGGCCCCCGAGCCCCCGCCGCCCCCGCCACCGCCCCCGCCGCCGCCCCACCACCACGGCCCGGGCUUCAGCGUGGACAACAUCAUGACCUCGCUGCGGGGCUCGCCGCAGGCCGCCGCCGAGCUGGGCGCCGGCCUCCUGGCCCCCGCCGCCGCCGCCCCGCGCACCGGCAUCCCGCCCGCCCUGUCCCUCGGGGGAUACUCGCCGGGACACAGCUCCGUCUACGGCUCGCCCUGCGGCCAGGCGGCCGCCGGCGCCGCCGCCGGCACCUACCACUGCAACAUGCAGGCCAUGAGCCUCUACGCGGCGGCGGGCGGCGCCGACCGGCCCGGCCACCUGCCCUCCGCGGCCGCCAGCCCCGCCGAGGACCCGCUGCCCGAGUACGCGAUGCCCUCGGGCGGCGGCGGCGGCGGCGGCGGUGGCGGGGCGGGGGGCGGCGGCGGCGGGGCGCUGGGGCACGGCGGGCUGGGCGGCGCGGCGGGCGGCCACCAGGAGGGGCACCACCCGCACCCGCACCAGGGCCGCCUGGCCUCCUGGUACCUCAACCAGGCGGCGGCGGCCGCGGCGGCGGCGGCGGCGGCGGCGGGGAGCGGCCCGCUGGCGGGCGCGGCGGGCUACGCGGGGCCGCAGCAGGGCUUCGCCGCCGCCCCGAGAGAGGUGUUCGAGGCGCCGCGGCGGGGCUGCGGCGGCGGCGGGGCGGGGGGCGGCGGGAGCUGUCAGAUGGCCUUCCCCGGCAGCCAGCCGCUCUACCGCACCUCCGGGGCCUUCGUCUACGACUGCGGCAAGUUCUGAGCGCGCCCCGUCGCGGGGACACCGCGGGAACUCAGCUCCGCUCCGCACCGCGCCGCCGGCCCUCGCAGCGCCCGCGGAGGGAAGCGAGCGCAUCGCGAAAAGCUUUUGUACAGAGACAGCCCCAAAGCAUGUCUUGGUUUGUUAAAGGACAGUGUUACUCCAAUAACACGUAAGUUUUUUUUUUCUAAUUGCUUUGAGAAAUACUUUUUUUUUCCCGGCCCCCACCCCGCGCUUUUCCCCGUCCCAUAAGGUAUUGUCAUGCCCCGUGUUUAAAAGGGAGCGAAAAGUCCGGAGUAGAGUACCAGCUUCUUUCCCCCUCCCCUUCCUCUUCUACAAGGACUUGUUUUAAAAUGUAAAUUGCGACAUAGUAAUUUAUUUUUAAUUUGUAGUUGGAUGUUGCGGACCAAACGCCAGAAAGUGUUUCCCCCUUUCCUGAAAAGUGACGUUAUAAUUGACCGAAACGCUGAUUUUUUUUUUCACUAUAUAUAAAAAGGGAAACUGUAUUAAUCUUAUUCUAUCAAUAUUUUUCUUUUUUUUUUUUUGUUGAAAAUAUUCUGAAGGUAUUGCAUUGUUUGUUUAUUAAUAAAUUACCAUUCAGUUGGAAUGAUCCUUUACACGUCUGUAUAUUUUAAUGCUUUCAUUUAGAGAGAGAGAGAGAGAAAGAAAGAGAGGGAAAAGGGAUUUCAUAACUAACUUUGUCGCUGGAACAGCUUGUUCCCCUCCGCACAAAUUCCAAAGACCAUUUAGGAACUGCCAGGUCGAAAAAUCCCUUUUCAGUCUCUUCUGCAAUAUGUUCCACUUAGUCAGCUCGCCUUAUCCGCUAGGAAAAAAAUACUUUCCCAUGGCAGCUCUGAGUUGGCAAAUAAACAAACACGUUUUCUUAGCAAUUAAUGGCAAGACCUGGAAACAUUUGACCAUACACAGUAGUAUGGCGACAUUACGUUGUUUUAAAUGAUAUGCCUAUGUAAGGAUAUAUUAAGUGAUAACUCCGAGGUAGAAGUGCAUGCACUAGAUUCCAGACCAUGUGUAACUGUAUAUGUCGAGCUAUCGAUCGCUCUGUGCGUGUUUCAAAUGUAUUUAUAUCUGGGAUUUACAUAUGUACCUAUAUUUAAAGAAGGAUUACGUAUUUAUUUAUAGUUUCAUAUACGUAUUGCAUAUUUUUCUAAACUCCAGUGUAUAGCAGAUGCCAAAUAAUCUGUAGUACGUGUACUCUUAAAUAUAAUGCCAGCAUAUAAAUUACUGCUUCUUAGAAGUGAUAGCAAAGCGUGCAAUCACAUCAGUGAAGCCGCUUCUGUAACACAUAAAGUACUAUUUUAUUUCGGGGCGGGGGGGAAAGAGUAGUAGUGUUAAAGGGUACUUGUGCAGCCUACCCUUACACCUUUAUAGCUCUGCAUUACUCCCGUCCUUCAGGGACUUCACUGGUCUGUGUCUCAAUUGUUCGGACAGAUUAUUUUUAAAAUAUUUUGUGUGGGCGAAUUUUUAUUAUAUAGUUGCUUGGGUGCUGUUUUGCUGUUUUGGUUUGGUUUUUCUUUUUUUUCUUUUUUUUUUUUUUUUUUUUUUUUUUUUUUUCUCCUCUCCUUAUCUCCCUCAGUUUUCCUCAAAACGGGAAAAAAAUUAUAAAUUACCAGGAUAGAAAAUGAGUGCUGCACAGACUGGCACCUAGUCAGAUCAAGAAUCCUACCUUCUGGACAAUUUACUAUUAAGAACCUACGGUCAAUGGGGAUCACCUUCCCCUUUUGUAAGUAACCACCAAAAUGCAAUAAAUCCAUUAACUUAAAAGAACCGGCCUUGUCAGUCAGACUUGGAAAUAAGUUUAUUUGAUUACAGAUAUUUAAGGCCUAAAAUCUGCUUUCAAGAUAAUACAGUUUCCUAUCAGAAUCUCUUAUCUAGAGGCAACACUUAGCAGUAAUUGCUGUUGCAUUGUUAAGGGUUACGCUGUAAAUAAAUACAAAAGUAUUUACAGUUCAACCUUAUUACCUCGCUUUUGAGCUGUGCUUCCUUCCAAAGCAAUAGUCCCAUGUUUAGGAAACACCUUCAGCAGAUGGAAUGAACUGAGGGGAGUGUGUCAUCUUAGAACGCGUUGGCUUAGAAUACGUUUAUUUAAGUAUGGCAUAGCCUUUGCUUUUUCGUGCUAGUACCUCUACGAAGAUUACCGGGGGCCUCGUUUACAUUUAUUUGUUUGUUAAGCUGGGUGGGAGAACCUUAAACGCUCCAUCGCUCAGUUGUGGUAAAGCUGAUGAGGAGGACGAGCAAAGUUGAGAGCCUUCGCUCCGGGGACAUGUUUUAAUUUCUGCUCCCCGUUUUUCACCAGUAAAGGGAAACAAAAUGUUACCUAUUCUCGGUCGGGCUCACUGUCUGCUCCCCAUCGUCCCUCUCCCGGUACCGAGCAGGGGGCAGCUGAACUGGCGGCUCCCGCCCACCGCCGCCUCCUUGGGAGGGGGGCUGCCGGGCCCGAGGCACGGCGGGGCUUUCACUGCCUUACGCCCCCGCUCCCCCUCGCUGGAGAGGGGACCCUCGGCGGGGCAGCUCCCUCUGCCUUGGCAGAUGGGUUUGCCAGCGGAGUGGCUGCGUAAUAAGACCAUUCCUGCCCCCCGUCAUAUAUUAAAAAAAAAUUUAAAGAAGGCAGAGGGUAGAGGCGAUUGAGUCUGCUAUUUGCCUGCUAUUUUUGUUGCGAUCAGGCGCCGGCUUUCCUGUAGUUUGGGUUUUCUCAGCGGUCUGCAGCGGUAGGGUGUUCGUGGCGAAAAUAAAUAGGGGGGAGCGCAGUUGUCAGCCCGGCUUAUUUAAUAACCCGUUGCAUUGUCAGUGGUGCUGCUCGGCUGGGGAAGCUGGGGGGGGCCGUGCGAAGCUUGAACAAGUGCCGUGUGUAAUUACUGCUAAUGCUCGCGGCGGUGCGCGGCCCUCUGCCGCGGGGCGGCCGCGUAACUUGCGCUCCCCGUGGCCCUGGCUGCGAAAGGGCGGGCGGUGUGGGCUCGGCGGCCGGGAGGGCGGCUCGCAGUCAGGGAGGGGGCAAAGGGAAACUUCCCUCUCGGUCGCAGGUAGGUCGUGUCGGGAUCUUCUGCCCCCGGAGGGGAUCCCUUUCCUGAAGUGACGUGCGUGGUGGCGGUGGAGGUCACCCCCUGCUUCUCAGUGCGACGGGCUGGCUCACCGCACACGCGUGCUUCGUAUUGAGUUUUAAAAACACUGUUUUAUUUAUAUUAUUAUCCCAAUCAUAAUCAUGAUCUUUUUUUCUCCCCCUCCCCACAGAAACUGAUCACAACGAAAAUAAGAUUAGCAGUGCUGGCUGUCCCCGCGGUAGGCAGUGGAAAGUGCGGGCUUGGCCGCGGGGGGCGGCCCGCCGGGCGCGCAGCCCGGUACCUUGGGUCCCUGCGCGACAUUGCACGGACGGGGGUCGGCAUCUCUGGGCUCUGCCGGGCCGGAGCCUUCGUCGUGAGGCAUUGUGUCUGCUGCUGGGAUGGGGAAAGGCCGAGCGGGCUCGCUAGAAACCUUCCCGGGCUGGGGCAGCGCAAUGGGAGGCACAGAGCGGACAUCUGCCCGCGGGCCACCGUGAACUGCGGGCGGUGGGGCCCAGCGUGGGGCACGAACCCUUGUUCCUCCUGUGCUUCCCUCCUCUUGCGUACAGGAUGCAAACCCGAGCGUCCCUUCUGACCUGUGAUUGUCUCCCAGCAGAACUGGGCCUGCCCUGAACGCCACAAGAGAUGCGGUGCGACCUCGCGCAGCGGUGGGCACGGGACGUGCGCCCGGGCAGCAGCUGAGAGGUGUCCCCGUAAGGCCUCGACAUCUGUGGUGGCAGCCCCUACAGCAAACGGGGACACUUGGCUCCAGCCAUGCCUGCGGAGAGGUCAUUUAGGCGCCAGGUUAGCACGGCGCUUUGUGUUGUUUUUUUUUUUUAGCUCAAACUGAUUUUUUAUUUUUCCAAACUGUUGCUUUGCUUUUCGUCUAUAAAAAAACAAACAAACAAACAAAACAAAACGAAACAGUUUGGUUUUUUUUAAAUAGAUUUGAGGAACCAUUCCAUUUUCAUGGUGGUUCUGGUGGUUUCUCGCUUGUGCUCGCUCAUCUGUCACUUAAACUGUGGAAACGUAGAAGGGAGGAAUAUUCUCCUUUCUAAGUUUCCUCCUUAGAAGUUCUUCUUAAAGUAAUUACAGUUCCUAUUAUGUUCAGUAAAGGUCAUAAUCAAAAAUAGCAGAGAAAUGCAUGCAAAUAGUAGAGAGGGCAUGGAUUAAAACCCCUUCCCUACCGCCACAGGCCAGGUCAGAUGGAGACCACGGUGGGGCUGUUUUGUGGAUGGAGACAUUUAAGGGAGUGGUUCCAAAUCGGCGUUUUAUGAUAUCUGGGGCCCUUUCUGAUAGCCAAGAAGUUCGGGAAAGGCGUUUCGAAGUUAGCGGGUAUUUUCAUUGCCGGGUUCAACUUCGUAACACUGUUGGUAACGCUGGGGCUGCAGCGUUUUGACCAGCUGCCUGUACGCUGCUCUCAACUCCCCAAAAGCACGCCACUGGAGCAGGACGAGCUUAGAGUUUCGCCCUGUCCUCUGGAGGCUUGGCUUGGCCGUUUCGGGCGAGUCGCGCUUGGCGCACGCGAAAGCUGGUGCGUGUUUUGCGGAUUUUGCGGGUUUUGCGGGAGGCAGGGCGGGAAAGGAGCGGUGGCGCACGGUCAGGGGCUGCGCGCCUCUCCGCGCCCAUGUAGAGAUGAGCGUGAGGUAAGAGUGCGCAGUCUUUAUUACGUCGUUUGAUUGCGUAGGCAAAAGCGUGUAGCGCCGAGGCGCGCACAUGGUUCCAGUGCACAGCACAGGAGAGCUGCGGUGCAGCCCCUGGAAGCUCUCCCCCGUCCGCUUCCCGAAAUAAACCAUUUCAACAGCGGCGGGUAAUCGAACAUUAGCUUUCAAUUAAUUUCACUCGUAAAGUAAUUUAAACUCCCUCGCAUACUGAGUUCAUUUUCCCUCGUCUCCCUGUGCUGGGACCAGGCGUGUUGGCUAAAUUCACUCGCACUUUGAGAUGAGCUGAUCUUUUGACUUGGUUUU